AUGGCACUCAGUGAGCGAAAGGGAAUCCGGUUUCUAUUUAGAACCCGGUUGCGGAAACGUUCCUAUAUGGGCCCUCAUCGAGUGCUCGUCGGGAGAAGGGGAAGGAGAGAAGAGAAGCGGAUAGGGAAAGGGAGAGAAGAGAAGGAGAGAAGAGAGAAGGAGAGAAGAGAGAAGGAGAGAAGAGAGAAGGAGAGGUUGGAAAGGGAGAGAAAGGAGGUUGAAGCGAAGGAGAGGCAGGAAAAGAUGGAAAGGGACAGGCAAAGGCUAGGGAGAGAAGAAUUGGAUCGUAGGGAAAUGGAGAGAAAGGAGGAAAGGGAAAAGGCUGAGAAGGCAGAGAAGGAAAGGAUUAGGAAGGAGGUCGAGAGACGUGAGGAAGAGCGACUGGAAAGGGAGAGAAUGGAGUUUGAGCAACAACUCUUGUCGCAGCACUCCAGAAGGAGUAGUUUGGAGAGGUCGCCACCAACAUCUAAGAAGAAGUUCAGAGAAGAGAAGAGAUCGGAAGAGUCGGCAACAUGUACGGAAGGAGGGGAAACAACGGAAGAAGAGAACAAGAAAAGGAAGUCCAGAGAAGAAGAAAGUCCACCGAAGAUGAAGAAGAAGACCCGGAACGUCAAGACACAAGAAGAAGAAGAAGAAGAGGAGGAGCCAGAAGUAAUGAAGAUUGGUGAAGAAGAAAAGGCGCCGGAGAAGAAGAUAGAGUUAGUCAUUAAGAAGAUGGAAGGUUGGCUGGAGAAGCAGGCAAGGUUGAAGACGGUCAGUAAGGUCCAGUUAGGGGAGAUGGUCAGGCUAGUGGGAGAGAUAAGGAAGGAAGUGAAGGAGAUGGAGCUGGAAAAAGCGAAGCUGGAAGGGAGAGUUGAGGAAAGGAGAGAGAUAGUAGGGAUGUUGAGAGAGAUGGUGAGAGAGGGAGGAAAGAGUGAAGGAGUAGGAAGAGUAGAGGAAGGAGUUUCUUUCGCCGAGAUAGUCAGAGAAGAGAAGAAGAAGAAGGUAAAGAAGAAAAACCCGGUCGUGACAGGAACUGGAAGAGAGCCAGUGAGAGCGCUGAACGUAGUGAUAGUUAGGAAGGAGGGAAAGGAGAGCGAAGAAGUUAGGAAGGAGAUGAAGGAAGCGGUUGACCCGAGGAAGGAGGGAAUAAACGUCAGAAGGAUGAUGAAGAUCAAAAAUGGGAUUGCGCUGGAAUUAGGUUCGAAGGAGGAAGCGAAGAAGAUGGUGGAGAGUGAAGGAAUGAAGAGAGCUGGUAUGGAGGUGAGAGAGCCGGUGAGGAAGAGGCCAAUGGUCAUGUUAUAUGACGUUGAGGUGUCCCUGACAAACGAGGAGGUGUUGAGGGAGAUACACGAAAGAAAUUUGAAGGAGGAAUUCACGGAAGAGGAGAUGAAGGAUGAAUUCAGGAUUCGAAAUAGGAUUGUGGAAGGAAAGGGGGAUAGGAGGAAGAAGUUAGGAAGCCUAGACGUAGAAUGCAGCGGAAGGAUGAGGAAUGCGCUGAGGGUGAGGGAGAGAGUCUAUGUAGGAUGGACGUCCAGCAGGGUGAAAGACUACAUAGACCUCCUUAGGUGCUAUAAAUGUCAGAGAUUUGGCCAUGUUGCCAAAUUCUGCAAUAGCAAGAAGGCGUGCCGGAGAUGCUCGGAGGAGCAUGACAUCCGGGAGUGCAGGAAAGCCGAAGAUGCCACUUGGAAGUGCGAGCCGUAUUCAAGAGGAGGGAGAGUGUUGGUGCCGGGAGCAAGAGUCCUGCAAGAUAGGAAGCUGGGUGAGGAGCAGGUAUGGGCUGCUGUAGCAGUCCUGGAUGAGAGAGUGGAGGCGUUUGGUAGGGACGAAGAGUCGGAUGAUUGUUGUAUGGUUGUGGACGUGAGGAUGUGUGAAUGGGAGGUGACAGUGGUGAGCGUGUAUUGCAAGGGCCAGGAAGACAUCCGGACGAGCCUGGAGAAGCUGCGGAGAGUUCUACGGAGAAGAAGAGGUAGGAGGGUCUUCAUUGCCGGAGACUUCAACGCCAAGUCGGAGGUGUGGUUUGCCAGGGAUUUGAAUGAAAGGGGAGAGCGUGUGGAAGAGUUCGUGGUGACAGAAGGUUUGGAAGUCAUGAAUGAGGCGAGUGAAUGGUCCACGUUUGAAGAUACUAGGGGGAGAGUGUCCAACAUAGACAUCACGAUGGCGACAGUGGACAUCAGUAGAAUCUUCACCGGAUGGCAGGUCCAAGCAGGGCUGAUCAGCGAUCAUCGGAUGGUGGUUAGUGAGGUGAGAGCCGGAUGGGAAGGAGUAGGGAGAGAGGUAGAGAAUCCCAAGCGUUGGAACCUGCGGAAGGCAAAUUGGAACAGGUUUAGGCAGGUGAUGGAAGAGGAGAAGGCCGGAUGGGAAGAGAGCAGAAUAGAAGGAGAGGAAGGAGAGGACAAUCUUCCGACGGAUAGAGGAGAGCUUGGGGAGAGCUGCGAAUGA